CUCACUUCACCACUAUCUCAACUCCACUGCCCAAAACUCUCAGCUUUCUGCUAGCCGCCAUGGCAAUACCAUGUGAUCUCUUUACACUCCUCUUUCUGUUCUUUUUCUCACUUAACCACCUCAUCCACCACUCCUCCGCCUCCUACUCCAUCGGCGUCAACUAUGGCACCGUCGCUGACAACCUCCCAUUACCUUCCCAAGUCGCCACCUUUCUCAAAACCCAAACUACCAUCGACCGCGUGAAGAUCUUCGACGCCAAUCCAGAUAUUCUCCGCGCCUUCUCCAACUCCGGCAUCUACGUCACCGUUACCGUCGGAAACGGUGAUGUUCCCUCCCUCGCCAAGCUCCCCGCCGCCCGGUCCUGGGUCGCCAGUAAUAUUGUCCCGUUUUACCCUCAAACUAAAAUCAACCGCAUCGCCGUCGGUAAUGAAAUUCUUGCAACCUCAGACAAGAGUUUAAUCGCGCACCUUUUACCGGCUAUGAAGGCUUUGAAGCAGGCCUUAGACUUGGCAAAUGUUACCGGUGUUCAGGUCUCCACGCCCCACUCUUUGGGUAUACUGUCCGCCUCGGAGCCACCGAGCUCAGGGCGAUUCCGACGCGGGUACGAUCGAGCCAUAUUCGCUUCGAUUCUCGAGUAUCACAGACAAACCAAGUCCCCCUUUCUGAUCAACCCCUACCCGUUCUUCGGUUUCACGGCCCGGACAUUAAACUACGCGCUCUUCAGGCCAAACGGUGGCGUUUUUGACAACGUCACGGGGUAUAACUACACCAAUAUGUUCGAUGGGCAGCUCGACGCGGUUUAUUCGGCAAUGAAGAAGUUGGGGUAUGAGGAUGUGGACAUCGUGGUGGCCGAAACAGGUUGGCCCUCGGUAGGUGACCCGAACCAACCGGACGUGAACCUGGAGAACGCGCUGUCCUAUAACGGUAACCUCGUGAAGCACGUGAACUCCGGUAAAGGCACACCGUUGAUGCCGAACAGGACCUUCGAGACUUACCUCUUCUCUUUGUUCAACGAGAACCUCAAACCGAGCACUUCGGAGCGAAACUUCGGAUUAUUCAAGCCGGAUCUUACUCCCGUUUACGACGUCGGUAUUUUACGAAACAAGCAGGCAAUGUCCCCGUCACCGGCUACCGCCCAGGGGCCUACACCAACACCGGCUACUGCCCAGGGGCCUACACCAACACCGGCUACUGCACAGCCAACACCGGCUACUGCACAGGGGCCUACACCAACACCGGUUACUGCACAGGGGCCUACACCAACACCGGCUGGAGAUUCCGGUCGGAAAUGGUGCGUGCCCAAAACGAACGCGACGGAUGAGGCGCUGCAGGCGAAUAUAGACUACGUGUGCAGCAAGGGAGUGGACUGCAAGUCGAUACAGGAGGGUGGGCCAUGUUUUAACCCCAACACUGUGAGAUCACACGCAUCGUACGCCAUGAACGCUUAUUACCAGGCCUCUGGUCGCCAUGACAUCGACUGCGAUUUCAACCACAGUGGAGUCCUCACCACCACCGAUCCCAGUUACCAAACUUGUACGUACCCAUUCCAAGAUCUAAAUCAAAAGUUGGAGCAGUCAGUGGCGGGAGGCUCGGUGAAUCGCCGCACCAUGACGAGGCUAUUCGUUUCGUUAGCUUCCUUAACGAUAGGGAUACAAUUCUUUUCUUCUCUGAUUUGAGGUUAGCUUAAUUAUUAUUCAUUUUUUAAUGUGCUUUUCGUGGGUCCUUCGGGGGUAGGUGGGUCAUGGGUGGCCUUUUUGGGUUCCAACGGCUAGGCUCUUCGGUGUAUUCAAAAUUCAAAGCUUUUUCUUUUGUCGUCUAUGGCGGAUGUUGCACCCAUUUACGUUGUUUAAAGCCUUAUUUAUUGGCUGUAGAGACCCUAUAUAUAUGUACGAUGUAGAUUAGAUACCUUUUUGUA